AUGGCUUCCGGGAACAUAUCGACGAAGCAACCAUGGCAGAUGACCGCCACAGAAGUCCUACCUCGUCUCAAGUCUGGAAAGCUCACCGUAGUAGAUUACUCCAAAAGCCUGCUCGAGCGUAUUCAUACUCGCGACCAAGUGGUAAAAGCCUGGGUAUGGCUACCGCCAAGUACGAUCUUGCAGCGAGCCAAGGAACUCGAUAGUCUUCCUUUUGAUCGACGUGGACCACUACACGGCCUGCCUGUCGGCGUCAAAGACGUGAUCUUGACGAAAGACAUGCCAACGCAGUACAACUCUCGCACACUUGAGAGCGAGGAGCCUUCAGGCAUAGAUGCCAACGUCAUCAUGUCCUUGCGAGCCAUGGGAGCAUUGAUCUUCGGCAAGACAGCAACGACGGAGUUCGCAUCCAGCAAGCAAGGCGGGUGGCACCAAAACCUCACUUGCAAUCCACAAGAUCCGAAAAGGACACCUGGUGGCUCUUCUUCAGGCUCUGGUGCUGCUGUCGCGGACUUUCAGAUUCCUGUAUCACUUGGUACGCAAACAGGAGGCAGUAUCGUUCGGCCUGCAAGCUUUAAUGGGUGCUAUGGGUUCAAGCCUACGCAUGGCGCCAUAUCCAGGGAAGGCUUGGCGCAGUGGUGCCCUACUCUGGAUACAUGUGGCUUCUUUGUGCGGUCGAUGGACGAUCUCGAACUAUUGGCAAACGCUUUCAGGUUGACUGACGACUCGCCCGUCCCUUCACAACGCUUUGAGCUCCGGUCAGCCAAAAUUGGUAUGUGUAAAACAUAUAAUUGGUCAAAAGCUGGUCCUGGUACCGUGAAAGCCAUGAGCAGGGCACAAGAGCUGCUCCAACAGCAUGGCGCAAAUGUGGAAGACGUCGUACUGCCCGACGACUUCGCAAAUGUGCUAGAUUGGCAUGCCGCCGUGCUCGUUGGUGAGGGUCAGACAUCCUUCCUGGGACAAUAUCUGCUCGACCGAGAGCGCCUGCAUGAGUCCAUUGCCUCCUACGUGGACAACACGAAGAAGCUCACACACAAAGAAUUUCUCGACGCUUACGAUAACGUGGCAAGACUUCGACCUGCCUUCGAUGAUAUCGCAAGCAAGUACGAUCUCAUCCUCACCCCUAGCGUGGUUGAUGAAGCUCCACUAGGCCUGGAAAACACGGGAGAUAUGUCCAUGUGCUCGAUGUGGACGAUACUACACGUUCCUGCGCUGAAUUUGAUCGGCUUUGCUGGAGAGAAUGGACUACCUAUUGGUCUGACAGCGGUGGGGGCACGAUAUACCGAUCGGCAUCUGCUUCACGUCUCAAAGGCCGUUGCGGAUGUGUUUGAAGGUGAAGGCGGGUGGAAGAUGGCACCGAGAUCAUGA